AUGUUGUCAUCAUCAUCGGGUGCUGAUAAUAACAACAAAAGCAGUAAUAAUAAUAAUAAUAAUAGAAUGGAUAAUAGUACUAAUAGCAAUUGUAGCAACAACAACAACAGUAGCAACAGUAGCAAUAAUGUUGGUUUGGGAGGUUCUGGUAGUGCUCUGAAGGGAUCGGAGGAGAAGAAGAAACAACAGGCUCCUAUUAAAAUUCUCAAGAAGAAUGAUUUUAGACAGGAUAAUGAUGAAGAGUUUUCAAUGAGUCCAAAGUUAGUUACGAGAGGAGUUUUAUCAGUUAAAAUUCCACCUGCUAAUGUUAAUAGUAAUAAUGGAUCUCCCCUCCCUUCAUAUAAGAAGAGUUCAGCCUCGCCUUCAGCAUCUUCACCACCAGCAUCAGAAUUAUCUAAAGCUUUAGUAUCAUCGGAAGAUCAUGAUGGUCAAAGUCCAUCACCAACAACAUCUUCUUCUUAUGAGGAGCAAGGAAUUGCUGAAAAUCAUUUUAUAUUUCUUCCGAAUCAUAAUGAAUUGUUUAAUCACUUUGCAUUAGAUAUUGGUGGAUCACUUGUCAAGAUGGUUUACAUGUUACCUUUUAGUGAUAAUGAAUUUAUUUAUCAAACUCAAGAUUCUGAAAGUAAUGAACUUGAAGCUUAUUAUCAUCAAGCUGUUAGUAGUGAUGAUGAAGAGGUUGAUGGACAAUUAUCCAUAAAAUCACUUCCUCCACAAUCACCAUUAAUCAUUUCAAAGGAUGUUGAUCAUUUUUAUGAAUCUGAAAAUGGUGUUAAAAAGAGAGGUUCUAAACUUUGUUUUGCUAGAUUCCAAACACAAGAUAUUGAACAAUGUUUGAGUUUAAUUGAAAAGUUACUGAAAUUAGAUGAAUCAAUAACUGGUUCAUCAGAAGCUCCUUGUAUUAAACAUAUUAAUGCUACUGGUGGAGGUGCAUUCAAGUUUUCAGCACUAUUGAAAAAUAGAUUUGGUUUUGAAGUUAACAAGCUAGAUGAAAUGGAAUCAUUGAUUAAGGGGUUAAACUUUUUAUUGUUAAAUAUUCCAAAUGAAUCAUUUACAUUCACAAAGGAAAAGAAGAGAGAAUACCUUUCUUUCCAUGACAAGUUACAUACAGAUAUUUUCCCAUAUUUAAUUGUAAAUAUUGGAAGUGGUGUGAGUAUUGUUAGAGUUGAUGAUGUUGGUAAAUUUGAAAGAGUUUCGGGAAGCAGUAUUGGUGGAGGUACCUUCUGGGGUUUAUCAAAAUUAUUAACAGGUUGUAAUUCAUUUGAGGAAUUGUUGAAAUUAACCAAGACUGGUGACAACAAAAAGGUUGACAUGUUAGUUGGUGAUAUUUACGGAAGAGAUUAUGAAAAAAUUGGUUUGAAUUCUGAUAUUAUUGCUAGUAGUUUCGGUAAAAUGAUUCAGUACAAAGCUGGAGAAGGUGAAGAACCAAAAGAUGCCGAUCUUGCUAAAUCUUUAUUAUUUAUGAUUUGUAACAAUAUUGGUCAAAUUGCCUAUCUUAAUGCUCUCAGAUUUGGCCUUAAAAGAAUAUUUUUUGCUGGUUACUUUAUCAGAAAUCACGAUGUCACAAUGCACUACAUUUCCUAUGCCAUCAACUUUUGGUCUAGGGGUGAAAUUUCUGCCACUUUUUUGAGACAUGAAGGUUAUUUGGGAGCAAUUGGUUCCUUCCUUUCAUCUCCUCAAAAAGAUUCAGAAAAUUCUGAAUAA